UUAGUCAGCCAUGUCACGCGCCGGUCUCCUCGCACAGUUUAAAAGAACUCUUCAAACUGCCACCGUCACCAAACCUUUUGAUAAAGUACUGAUAGCGAACAGAGGGGAGAUAGCAUGCCGUGUAAUGAAGACGUGCCGCUCGCUCGGCAUCAAGACAGUCGCGGUACACAGUGACGUGGACGACCGCGCGCUGCACGUGCGGAUGGCUGAUGAGGCUAUCUGUGUGGGACCGGCUCCUAGCAACCAGAGUUACCUGGACAUGGAGGCGAUAGUGAACGCGGCAGUAAGUACAGGAUCUCAAGCAGUACACCCAGGGUACGGGUUCCUCAGUGAGAACUGUAAGUUCGCUCAACUCCUUGAGGAGAGGGGUAUAGCCUUCAUUGGGCCUAAAGAAAAGGCUAUACAGGCUAUGGGUGAUAAGAUAGAGUCCAAGAUAAUAGCGCGGGCUGCAGGUGUGAACUGUAUACCUGGUUAUGAUGGUGUUGUGGAGGACGAUGUGGCUGCUGUCACUAUUGCUAAUCAAGUCGGAUAUCCUGUAAUGAUAAAGGCAUCGGCCGGAGGUGGUGGAAAAGGUAUGAGAGUAGCGUGGAAUGACGCUGAAGUGAGGGAGGGAUUUAAACUGAGCUCAGAGGAGGCCGCAGCUAGUUUUGGAGAUGAUAGACUUCUCAUUGAACGGUUUAUCGAUAACCCUCGUCACGUAGAGAUACAAAUCUUGGCAGAUAGCCAGGGAAACUGUAUUUACUUGAAUGAAAGGGAGUGUAGUAUUCAGAGGAGGAAUCAGAAGGUAGUUGAGGAAGCGCCAAGUCCCUUCAUCACUCCUGAAGUGAGAAAGGCUAUGGGAGAACAAGCGGUGCUGUUGUCUCAAGCUGUAAAUUAUCAGAGUGCGGGCACGGUAGAGUUCCUAGUGGACACCCAAAUGAACUUCUUCUUCCUGGAGAUGAACACGAGACUGCAAGUUGAGCACCCUAUCACGGAGUGUAUAACUGGGGUGGAUAUAGUGGAUGAGAUGUUACGCGUAGCGGCCGGCUACCCUCUCAGCUAUACCCAAUCUGAUAUCGGAAUCAAAGGAUGGGCUAUGGAGUGUAGAGUGUACGCAGAGGACCCAGUCAGAUAUCUGCCCAGUGUAGGUCUACUCACCAAAUACACAGAACCAGGCGUCUCUCACAACACUGCAGACCUAGGAGUACGAUGUGAUAGUGGUAUAGUAGAGGGUAGCAGCAUUAGUAUCCACUACGAUCCCAUGAUAUCUAAACUAGUAACAUACGCUCCAACAAGGCAGGAGGCUAUAGAUCACAUGGAGAAAGCUCUGGAUGAGUAUGUUAUUGACGGCAUCACUCAUAACACUCCACUUUUACGGGAGAUACUGGGAAAUGAGAGGUUCAAAUCAGGCAACAUCUCCACCAAGUUUCUGGACGAGGAGUACCCCCAGGGCUACAGUGGAGGGGACCUCACUCCUGAGCAAAAGAGUGAACUGAUUCCCUCUCUUUCUGUCCUACACCACAUGAAGAUGAACCGCGCUGUCACUGAUGGUAGGUUUGAGUACAUAAUAAGUUGUGACGAAGAUAAAGUUUCUGUUACUGUUAAUGUACAGAAAGGAGAUUACACUGUUACCUUUGAGGACACAACCGUCACUGUUAGCCCCUCCGGCGGAGUAUUUGGUGCUCUACAAGAAUUCAAGCUGAACUCUGCCAACACUGUUGCCCUGCAACAUCUUCAAUUUGACGGUUUGUAA